AUGAAUCAGACGAAAAGUAAACGACCAUUGAGUCAGUUACAAAAACAUUCAUACGAAACAAAUAGGCGCCUUAGAGACAAUGUUGUCAAAGUCCAGAAGUACGAAGCACGUGAAGAGAAUUUACGAAAAAACGUAUUGGAGAGCAGACGAUGUAAAAUGAAGAAAAUGAUGGAAUAUCUAAGGAAAAGACCUGUUGAUUGUGGUGGCAAAAGGGUUUCAUCACGUUUUAACUCCACUAUAGACUACAAUGGAUCAUACUGGGAAAGUGACAACAGCUGGGCUACAGGAAAGUCGAAUUCGAAAGAAGAUGCUUCCAACCAGCUGGAGUUUGCUAUGAGUCUACUCACUCUAGGUGAAAUUCCUCGUGAAUCGAUAACCUCAAAAACGCCAACGCCAACACCAACAACUAACACUCACAGAGCACCAUUAAAAUUUGUUAUUUCCUCACAAACCACCUGUACUCCAACAAAAUCCCCUACCAACCGAUCAAUACUCACAUCAAACAGCGCAUUAUCAUCAUCAUCAAUUCCUCAAAGAAAUAAAGAUUCACUUGAUUCAAAGAUAAACAUCUCUUCUUGGAGAAAAGAAAUCCAUUCUGAUCAAAUCGAUCGUAACGACAUGAAAAAGUCUUCGCAGGAAAAUCAAGCUGCUUCUUCUGAAACAGAUGAAGAGAUAUCAAGUCUUAGUUCCGAUAUGAAUGCCUCGCCUAUCCCGUGUGUUGAUGUCUCUAGUGUCAGUUUAUCAAGUUCACAAAGAACAACACCAAUUGAAGAUCUUGAUGAUUCUAUUAGUUUAACCGAUAUAGAAGCAUCUAAUGAAAAAGCUGAGGUGAAUUUAAUUCCAAAGUAUACCAGAAGUAUUUUAAAAUCAAGAAUCAAUGAAUCGCCAAGAAUACAUGUUGAUCAUACAACCUAUGAAUUUUCUCCGGAGGAUUUCAUCGAUUCAUUAUACGGACCAAGAGAUAGUGUAGAAUUAUCUUCAGUUAGAUUUCAGAUAGGUUAUUCAUCGCCAACACAGUUACCGCCAAGUGCUUGUAACACAAUUCCUGAGUCAGAGGUCAUAGAAUCACCACAUACAUCACGGAAGACAGUACGAUUUGCAGAUGAAACAAAGGAUAUUUAUCAAACUGUUAAAAAUCCAAUAUUUUCAAAUGUUUUCCCACUGAAAGUUACCUCUGAAUCAUCAGAUAUUAUUACAUCAGUAGAUAAAAAGGAUUCUUCAUUAAUUCCUUCAGUGCAAACAAUGUUAGCCGAAAAUGAAGCCAUAGAAAACAGUUCUACACCACCAACAUCUUCACAGUUUAUAUCAGUUAGCAUUGGAUUCCCACAGAAUGAAUCUUUCAAAUUAGUCAACACAAUUACAAUGAAGAAUCCAACGUCUGAAAAUACUGAGGUUUAUUCAGAAAAAAAUGAAUAUACCGCUUUGAAUAAUACUCCAAAAUUAGAUGACAAGGUAGACAUAUGCACAAGUGAGUAUGAAACACUUAAACCAUCAGAGGAAGUCACCACCACCACCACCACCACCACUCCUUCUCCGCCUCCUCCUCUUACUUCUUCUUCUUCUUCUUCGACUUCUAAAAUGCAAUCUAGAAUGCUGCAAUUGUCUUCAAAACGAAUUAAUAAAUUACAAGGCUAUGCUGAUCUUAUGAUAGGCAGAUCGAAAUUGAAUAAAGAUUUUCUAAUACCACGUCAACAAUUACUUACAUACAGAGUUUCAAUCAGUCCAUUAUUUCAUCAGCAACAACAACAACAACCAUCAAAUGUCAAUCGAUGCAUGAAUUCUUUGAACAACAACAAUUAUAUUCCUACAAAUAUAGAAAGUGUAUCAAAUUCAUCAAGUAAUUUUGUUUUACACAGUCCAAUCAACACAGUGACAAAUUCACCUACAUAUGAUACAACUGGCUAUUCAUCUUCUGAUACAAUAGUUAACAUUGAAGCGGAUAAUGAUGAUGCUGCUGGUGAUGAUGAUGAUGAUGACGAUGUGAAUCUGCCUGAUUACGAAGGAAUCAAUAUACCUUUAAAAAGAAGUAAUCAUAAUACUACUACUACUACUACUACUACUCAUAUGAAUUUCUCUUCACUGUCAACAACCACUGAGGAAAUUAGUAAGCCUCAGGAAAAUGUGAACAUCAAUCAACAACCCGUUGGAUUUGAUCCCACAACUUGCACCAAAAAUACGAUAAGCCCAAAAAAGCAACAAAUUAAAAAAGAAUUUAUAAAGCAAUCUCCUGUGAUUUUCAAUGAUGAUAAUAAUAAUAAUAAUACCAACAAUAAUUUGAAUAAUAAUAGAAACCAAGACAGAGAACAUUUUGAACACCUUCUAGUCGAUGUUCAGCAAAGACAACUCUCUAAAUCAUCUUCACCAUUAUAUACAACAUCUGCAAGGCUAUUAAGUCGUCGACCACGAGUAUGUGAACCUUCAGAUGUCAAUCAAAAUCUUCGAAAAACAAAACUGUUCACGUCUGCUUGUGAAUUUGAAUCCAACACAUCCGAAAAAAAUUCACACGAAAUCUUAUCAAAGGCAAAUGAUCCUCCAGUGAAUCCAUCUAAUAAUACCUACUGGUUUCGCUUACACACUAAUGGUUAUUCAGAAAAGGAUGAUUUCUACCAGGCUGAGAAUUCUACUCAAAAUGAUUAUGACAAUCUAGAUUCAAUUCGUACUUCCCCUCCUCCUCCUCCGCCGCCGCCGCCUACAUCAACCUCUGGACAACCAGUGAACUCAUUUGUCACCAAUGUAUUUGGAUCCAGAUUAGAGAGUUGCAUUUAUUCAUCAUCACAAAUAAAUAAUGUAACUGACAGUUUGAGUGAAUUUAUUAAUUCAGAAAGAGAAUGUCAACAAGAACACCAACAGCAACAACAACAACAACACCAACAUCAGACAAGACGACAACAACAGUCUCUUCAGAAGCUGAAAGAUGAAUCGAAAAUCAAUCAAGCACUUAAACCAAUCCAUGUUAAUACAGAAAUAUUCAAUCAGUCUACUUCCAAAGUUAAAAAAGGAACGAAAGUGCCAUCAGCCUUGUCAAUGGAAGAAGAAAAUUUGGUAAAAUCACUUGAACGUCUUAACAAGAGACUCAACGAAAUUCUUACUCAUCAUCACUAUUGUGAAUGA